UGGGAAAAAUGGAAAAUUAUUUUAAAAGGAUUUCAUAUCAAAUAAGUAAAAAAAAGAAAGAGAUAAUAGGUAGAAUUAGAUAUUGUUAAAAGUUCUUCUAUAACAGAUUAUUGAUAGAAAAGAUGUCUUAAAUUCGUUCUGAUUUUUGGCUUAAUCCUUAUUUACUCAAUAUCCAAAAAAAUUGUUCUGAACCAAUCAAUAUUCAUAACGUAUAAGUGCCAAAAUGCAAUGGUAUUACAAGGUGUUGGCCAGACGACCUUACUUUGUAAUUUUAGCUAUAGCUGUGCUUUGUUGUACAUGUGUUAUUGUAUCGUUCACAGUAAGGAGAUGGCCAGAUUUCUCAGAUCCUACUUUGGGAUUCGAGACACGUGGAACUAACAUUGGAAAACGUUUAGCGGCAUGGCGCAAUCUAUUACAAGAAACUGGUCCAAAAAAUUCUUUGGUGGCCAAUCCUAAAGAUUUGCAUUUCGGGAAAGGCCUGUAUAAUACUGAAGCAGAUAUAUACCGCACGCUACAAAGUCAUAGAAAAAACCGUAAAAACCGCAAGCGAAAAAAUAAACACAAGCAAAAGAAGGGCAACACUCGCAAAAAAAGCAAUUCUGAAUUAAUGAAAAUUCUUAAUAAGUCAAGCGAGAACGCAAGAAGUAAAAUGAAGCUGCAAAAUACGCCCAAUCUAAAUAAUUUAAUAGUAGAAGAGAAUCUAAGUGGGAAUUUGCAAUUUGGCGAAAAUUACAGUGCCGCAGAACUAAUUAUUUUCAGUGGAAUAUCCAGUAAUUUAACGAAUGAAGCAGAUUUUUCUUAUGGCCGUAAUAUGACUUUUGUGGAUGAGGACGAUCAUCGUGAGCGUAUGCAGGCUAAAACGAAUACUUGGCGUUUAUUACAACAGGCAACAUUUCCAACUUCUCUAAAUUGGCAUGAUGAUAUAGUUUCCAUUCAAGGUUACUUUUGCGACUCACCUGAUAAAGCCUAUGCGCACUUUGUUGUAAAACGUAUUGGUCCGAAUGCAACGGACUCAUUAUUCGAUUUGAACAGUCUACUAGCAAUGUGUCAGCUACAAGAUCAAAUUACUCAAGUCCAUAACUACGAUGAAUAUUGCCAACGGGAAUUAAUUAGGAAUAGCUGCUGUCGUCCAUGGUCCCUUCCCAAUUACGUGGCACUCUUGGCCAAUAAAAGUUCCUGCUUUGAUAUAACGAAUGUUGAAGUCUUGUUGUUACAAAAUCUUUUAUUAAAAUGUUUUGAAUACUAUCGGGAUUUGAAGUUGAGCAAUGAUUGCGACGAAGUGAACAAAUGUUAUGCUCCCGUUGAAUGUACGCGUAAUAAUGUGGUUUUCAAUAUCUUGCAUUAUUUAGCCGAUAAAAAUUUUAUUGGGAUCAAUGAUUCGGAUGUGCAUCUAAAAUAUGCAAUGAUUUUUGUGCCAGUUGCUCAUACCACGAAAAUUUUGCCGUUGUUUCAUGGAUGGGAAAAAAUAGAUUUAAGUAAUGAACUCGUUCAAGUGGUUGCCAUGGAUUUAGGUUUAGAGAAUGAAUUAUUUAAUGAGCUGCUUGUGACUGAUGCUUGGUUAGCGGCUUUAGGUGGUGCUUUUGCAAUGGUCUGUAUGUGGUUGUACACAGGUUCCAUAUUUGUUACUUUGAUGACUUGCGUCGCUGUGAUAUUCUCACUAGGAUUAGCUUACUUUAUUUAUACUCUAGUAUUUGAAAUGUCCUUUUUCCCCUACAUGAAUCUACUCGCUGUAGUCAUUAUUAUAGGAAUUGGUGCUGACGAUGCGUUUAUUUUUGUGAAAAUCUGGCAAUGUGUGCUAAAGGAAAGAUUUUCGAAAACCUCAACAGUUAUUGCAAACACUUUUACAAAUAUUAACGUCGCAUCUGCGGAAACACUGCAAAUUGUAAUGGGUUUAACACUACGACAUGCAUCGGUCUCAAUGUUUGUCACGUCGGCGACUACGGCUGGGGCAUUUUUUGCUUCUUACACCAGUUAUAUAACGGCCAUAAAAUGUUUUGGUGUAUUUGCAGGAACGGCCGUUAUAACUAACUAUACACUGAUGAUUACUUGGCUGCCAGCUUCCGUUUCGUUAAUGGAACGUUUAACAUAUUGCGAUACACGCAAUAAAUUACAAAUACACAAACUAAUACUUAUGUUCAAUAAGUCAAUUAAUCGCUCCUGCGAAAAUCUGGAAAAUUGCAUAAUCGAAGCUGUUAUAAAUUAUGCUUUCCUAUGGUUUAUUACUUUCGGGACUAUCGGUAUUGUGUCCAUCAUGAUUGUUUUAUAUAAGCCGGGUCUGAAAUUGCCAGAAAACUCUCAUUUUCAACUAUUCGUCUCUAAUCAUCCAUUUGAAGUUUACAAUUCGAAAUUGAAAUAUGAAUUUUGGUUCGAGAAAUCCAUUUCAACCUAUGAAAAUUUUAAGUUACCUUUGCGUUUUGUAUGGGGUAUCCAAGCUACUGAUGACGGGGAUUAUACUAACCCAUUUGAUUAUGGUAAUUUACACUAUGACAAUAAUUUUAAUAUUUCUACGAAAGCAGCACAAUCGUGGUUGUUGGAAUUUUGCCAAAAUCUAAAACAACAGUCGUUCUAUCAACUUACUUUCGGCCUCUUUUUACCCGACUGUUUCGUAGAGAAUCUAAUUACACUUAUGGAUAGAAUGUGCGUUAAUAGUAUGGAUGACGUCGAUGCUAGUCCUUGUUGCAAUGUAUCUCAAUUUCCAUAUGAAACGGAAGUUUUCAAUUUCUGCUUGCCUCGAAUAAUUUCCUCAUUAUAUGCUACGCCACGUAAAUAUUUCGUACCGGGUGUAGCAGGGCCGAGAUUUAUGGCCUCGUCAAACACGAUUUUGAAUAUAAAUAAUUCCAGCACGGAAGAUUUAUCUAACUAUGCGUUUACGAAUUCUUCGGUGAUGCACGCAUCUCUUCCAUUAGUAAAAGUUGUUGUAAUAGAAUUUGAAUCGAAUUUUUCUUACACUACCGUCUAUCAAGAUGUUAAAGAGUUUGUCAAUACGGUGGAAACGUGGUUUCGUAGUGAAAUGCAAAAAGCGCCGCCGGAAAUGCAAGGCGGCUGGUUUAUAAGCGAAUUGAAAUUCUACGAUGUUCAAGAUACUUUAAGGCACGGUACGUUAAUCGCGAUAGCUGUAGCUAUGACAGCUUCUUUGGUAGUGUUGCUGGUGGUGACUUGCAAUGUCUUGGUAUCCUUAUACGCCGUAGUUACAGUGGUAUUUACAAUAUUUGUAACCAUAGCAAUUCUGGUUCUAUUCGAUUGGGAGCUUAAUAUUCUAGAAAGUAUUACAGUGAGUACAGCUAUUGGAUUAGCAGUAGAUUUUAGUUUACAUUAUGGUAUACAUUAUCGUUUGGCCCCUACUUGUGAACGUUUAGCAGCCACACAAUUUGCCAUGAGUCGAAUUAUCGGCCCUACUGCAAUGGCGGCAUGUACUACUGGUUUAGCUGGUGGUUUUAUGCUAUUUUCUAAUGUCUUGCCGUAUUUACAAAUCGGUAUAUUUUUGGUUGUGGUAAUGACAGUCAGUUGGUUGUACGCUACACUUUUUCUAAUGAGUUUAUUGAAACUGUUCGGACCUCAAUAUGGUUUCAUGCAAUUUGCUUAUCCUCGGUUAGUUAGGAAAAACUCCAAAACGAAUGGUUUAACAUUCUACGAGCGUAAACCUUGCAAUUUAACAGCCAAUGAACAAUUAUUAACACCUUGCAGUUCGGCGAUCGGUGACCUAGUAAAUUCCGAGACUCAUGAAUUGGAUUCUCUCACUUCGAACACAUUGAUCAGAACUAUAUCAAGUAUAGAAUGCUCUCAACAAAAUCUUCCGACAGAAUAUGAGCAAAUAUUCUCGAGCAAUACGCUGAAACCACACAGCGGUGUAACAGUUUCUACAAAAUCAAAUGUGCUAAAAAAAAUCUGCAUUCAACGAUAAUUCAAAUAUUGUAUCAGAGUCCACAAUUCCAAAGGAACUUAUUAUGAGGAAAAAGUGAAAUCGUCUACCAUUAAAAACUUAUGUACUUAAGAUAUGCUCCUAAAAUAGUCAAAAACAAAGGCUGGUACUCCUAUCCGUUUAGCAAAUCUACAUAAUUAAAAGGUAAGCUAAGCAUUUUUUUUUUUUUCGCUCAAUGCUUACGCGUUUAUUUAAAAAAAAUUAGUUUUCCUACCGCAUAAAUGUAUUAUAAUUUACCUUACAAUACGUUUACAUUUUCUCCCAAAUAAUUUUUAGUUAUUAAUAAAGAAGAAAAUUAUAUUCGGUCGGGUCCGAAUCUUUUCUAGCCAUCA